AUGUUCUGCAGUAAAAAGAAAUUGCUUGAAGUGGAACGGGUGGUGAAAGCCAAUGACCGUGAAUAUAAUGAAAAGUUCCAGUAUGCCGACAAUCGUAUUCACACAUCCAAGUACAACCUUCUCACCUUCUUGCCAAUUAAUUUAUUUGAACAGUUCCAAAGAGUGGCAAAUGCCUACUUCCUUUUUCUUCUGAUUUUACAGCUAAUUCCAGAAAUCUCCUCCUUGACCUGGUUUACCACCUUUGUACCUUUGGUCCUGGUAAUAAUGAUGACAGCUGUCAAAGAUGCUACAGAUGACUAUUUUCGCCAUAAGAGUGAUGAUCAAGUGAAUAAUCGGCAGUCGGAAGUGCUCAAGGAUAGCAGACUACAGAAUGAAAAAUGGAUGAAUGUCAAAGUGGGAGACAUCAUUAAAUUAGAAAAUAACCAAUUUGUUGCUGCUGAUUUGCUUCUCCUAUCAAGUAGUGAGCCACAUGGUCUCUGUUACAUCGAAACUGCUGAGCUUGAUGGGGAAACAAACCUGAAAGUUCGUCACGCACUCUCAGUUACCUCAGAACUUGGAGCAGAUAUUAGCAGACUCGCGAGAUUUGAUGGGACUGUGGUCUGUGAGGCACCCAACAACAAAUUAGAUAAAUUCACAGGAGUUCUCACUUGGAAAAACUGCAAGCACCCUCUCAACAAUGAGAAGAUCAUGCUGAGAGGCUGCGUCCUGAGGAACACUGGCUGGUGUUUCGGAAUGGUUAUUUUUGCAGGUCCUGACACUAAACUAAUGCAAAACAGUGGUAAGACAAAGUUUAAAAGAACAAGCAUUGAUAGAUUCAUGAAUAUUCUAGUACUCUGGAUUUUUGGGUUUCUGGUAUGCUUGGGAAUUAUUCUUGCAAUAGGAAAUUCAAUCUGGGAGAAUCAAGUUGGGGGCCAAUUCAGAACUUUCCUCUUUUGGAAUGAAGGAGAGAAGAACUCUGUGUUCUCGGGAUUCUUAACAUUUUGGUCAUACAUUAUCAUUCUCAAUACAGUUGUGCCCAUUUCACUGUAUGUGAGCAUGGAAGUAAUUCGUCUGGGACACAGUUAUUUUAUAAACUGGGAUCGGAAGAUGUAUUACUCUGGGAAAGUGAUACCUGCUGAAGCCCGGACUACCACGCUCAAUGAGGAACUGGGCCAGGUUGAAUAUGUUUUCUCUGACAAAACAGGCACCCUCACUCAAAAUGUCAUGACUUUUAAAAAGUGUUCCAUUAAUGGGAGAAUCUAUGGUGAAGUAAAUGGUGAUUUGGGUCAGAAGACGGAAAUAACUAAGGAAAAAGAUUCUCUGGAUUUCUCAGUCAAAUCCCAAGCAGAUAGAACAUUUCAGUUCUUUGAUCACAGUCUGAUGGAAUCCAUUAAACAGGGUGAUCCAAAAGUGCGUGAAUUCUUUAGGUUGCUUGCUGUCUGCCAUACUGUAAUGUCAGAGGAGAAUAAUGCAGGGCAACUGAUUUAUCAAGUUCAGUCCCCUGAUGAAGGUGCUCUAGUGACUGCUGCUAGAAAUUUUGGGUUCAUUUUUAAGUCUCGGACUCCAGAGACAAUAACAAUAGAAGAGCUUGGAACACUAGUUACAUAUCAACUGCUUGCCUUCUUGGAUUUCAACAAUAUCAGAAAAAGGAUGUCUGUCAUAGUUCGAAACCCAGAAGGACAGAUAAAGCUUUAUUCCAAAGGAGCAGAUAUUAUUCUGUUUGAAAAACUUCUUCCCUCCAAUGAAGACCUUCGGUCUUUGACGUCAGAUCACAUCAGUGAAUUUGCAGGGGAAGGCCUCCGAACCUUGGCCAUUGCAUACAGAGAUCUUGAUGAUAAAUACUUUAAAGAAUGGCAGAAGAUGCUUGAAGAUGCAAAUGCUUCUACAGAUGAGAGGGAUGAAUGGAUAGCUGAACUGUAUGAAGAAAUUGAAAGAGAUUUGAUGCUACUAGGUGCCACUGCUGUAGAAGAUAAGUUACAAGAGGGUGUUAUUGAAACGGUUACAAGUUUGUCCCUAGCUAAUAUUAAGAUAUGGAUCCUAACAGGAGACAAACAAGAAACGGCCAUAAACAUCGGUUAUGCCUGCAAUAUUCUGACUGAUGACAUGAAUGAUGUGUUUGUGAUAUCAGGAGGCACUGCAACAGAAGUGAAAGAAGAACUCAGGAAAGCAAAGGAAAAUUUGUUUGGACAAAACAGCAGUUUUUCCAAUGGCCUUGUAGACUGUGAAAAACGGCAGCAGCUGGAGCUGAGCUCUGUUGGAGAAGAAACGGUAACGGGAGAGUAUGCCUUAAUCAUAAAUGGUCACAGUUUGGCCCAUGCCCUAGAAAGUGAUGUUGGGAAUGAUCUCCUAGAACUCGCCUGCAUGUGUAAGACUGUGGUUUGCUGCAGAGUCACCCCACUGCAGAAAGCCCAAGUGGUAGAGCUGGUGAAGAAACACAGACAUGCUGUCACUCUGGCCAUCGGCGAUGGAGCCAAUGAUGUCAGCAUGAUUAAAAGUGCUCACAUUGGUGUUGGCAUCAGUGGCCAAGAAGGCCUGCAAGCGGUCUUAGCCAGCGACUAUUCCUUUGCACAGUUCAGAUAUCUCCAAAGGCUUCUCCUUGUUCAUGGAAGGUGGUCCUAUUACCGAAUGUGCAAAUUCUUAUACUAUUUCUUCUACAAGAAUUUUGCAUUUACACUUGUGCAUUUCUGGUUUGGUUUCUUCUGUGGUUUCUCAGCCCAGACUGUUUAUGAUCAGUGGUUCAUCACCCUGUUUAAUAUUGUCUACACAUCCCUGCCUGUUUUAGCCAUGGGGAUAUUUGACCAGGAUGUGAGUGCCCAGAACAGCAUGGACUGCCCUCAGCUCUAUGAACCUGGACAGCUAAAUCUCCUCUUUAAUAAACGCAAAUUUUUCAUCUGCGUGGUGCAUGGAAUCUACACCUCAUUAGUCAUAUUCUUCAUCCCCUAUGGGGCCUUCUAUGAUGUGGCUGGAGAAGAUGGACAGCACAUUGCUGACUAUCAGUCUUUUGCAGUUACCUUGGCUACAUCUCUGGUCAUUGUGGUCAGCGUGCAGAUGGCCUUGGAUACCAGUUACUGGACUGUCAUUAAUCAUGUCUUCAUCUGGGGCAGCAUUGUCACUUAUUUCUCCAUUUUGUUUACAACACACAGUUAUGGCAUGUUUGGCGUCUUCCCAAAUCAGUUUCCCUUUGUUGGAAAUGUAUGGCAUUCCUUGACCCAGAAGUGCAUCUGGCUUGUAAUUCUCUUAACAACAGUGGCUUCAGUUAUACCAGUGGUGAUGUUCAGAUUCUUGAAGCUGGAUUUAUACCCAACCCUGAGUGAUCAGAUUCGCCAGUGGCAGAGGACUGAAAAGAAGGCAAGGCCCAGGAGGAGCCAAAGAUCACAGACCCGCAGGUCAAGCUCAAGAAGAUCUGGCUAUGCUUUUGCUCACCAAGAGGGCUAUGGAAAGCUUAUCACAUCUGGAAAAAAUAUGCGAGUGCAAAGUCCACCCCCACCAUCAGGGUUGGAAAAGACACUUUAUAAUAGCACUAGCAGAAUUGAAAAUUUAUGUAAGAAAACCACAGACACAGUGAGUAGCCUUAGCCAGGACAGAACAGUGCAACUGUGAGUCAGGAUGAAUUUGAAUCAUGAAGUUAUCUUUUCCCUUCAGCUGGAGCUGAAAUUCAGCUGGUCCAGAGUUUGGGAUCAGAGGCGAGGGGCAGGGCAGAUUGCUUCAUUUAAAUCUGUGGCAGACAGUGGCCAAUGCUAGCCAAAUCCUGUGAUUUCCAGGAAACCAGGCCAGGUGAUCUCUGCUAAUUUGUGAUUUGGUGGACAAAACCCUCACAGUACAAGCACAUUUUUUUUUAUUCAACCUUGAACUUGAGAAUCUUAUUUAUGGAGAAAAACUCAUAAAUCCACAUAAAUACUGAAUGGAUUCUCAGAUGGAAAAAGGGUGCAUUCCAAAGGCAUACUCACAUAUCUGAACUGAAAAGCAUGCUUGUCAACAGAUAUACAUGUAUAUGUGAGAGAAGCCUUUCCCAAGACUGUCAAGAUUUGAAGUGUGUACUAUGGUGCUUUUGAACUAAAUGGCAUGUCAUUCUGUAGUCCUGAUAGCUACUCAGGACAAAGAUCACUUUCAUGCCUGAAGAAAAGUACAUUGGUAUUCUUCAUUUUAAUUUAUUAUUUUUUUUUACUAGAGACAAAGAAGACUAUACAUCUAUACAGGGAGCUAGGCUGGUAAUUUGGUCAUUUAUUCAAGAAAUUCUCAGAGUGACAUGUAGGGAUAUAUUCAUGAAAUGUCAAAGAGAGUUUCUCUAGUAAAUAUUCUUAAUACUUUCCAAUGACUUACAUAGCAAACUCAGGGGUAAUUUGCUAAGUAUGACCCAGAACCACUAAUGGAAUCAGCCAACCAGUGGGAUUUCACACUUUAAUGGUGGUGUUUCAUAUAUUCAUUGGGAAAAUACUUUUCACAUUUCUAAUUUUAAAAGCUUCAGAAUUGAAAUCAAGUAAAUUAAUAAACCAUCUCUUUGAUAACUAUUUAAAUAUGCAGGGAUUGGUCUUUUAGAUUUAGGUACUUUUGAUACCCAGUUGUCUUGUAUAUAAUUUAAAUGUGUAGAACUUUGUAUAGGAGGUUGGUUUUUUUGAGAUGUGCCAGCCCAGGUGUUCAGUUCAUAAGUGAGUCAGCAGGGUGUCUGCUGUAAAAGAGAUCCAGGAAGAUCUGUGUUUAAAUCCCAGCUCUGUUGCAUGUUACCUCUAGAUACUUGCACAGGUAUUGUGCCUUCUCUGAGAGUCAGUUUCUUCCUCUGUAAAAUGAGGAUGUAUUAACUACCUCGUGUGGUUGUUUGGUGUUUAUCAAAGCACAGAUUCUCCAAACAUUGAAAAUAUAGUUUUCCUAUAAAUAGAUAAGUUAAAUUCUAGUCAACCCAGCAUCAGAAUAACAGAGUCCUUUGAAGAGAAUAUGAAGAAUGAGAAUUUAAGUGAUCAAUGGCAAAGGCUUUAAUGAAAUGAAAUUGCUAAGUCAGUUAUAAAACUGGUAGUGUCCUAUAGGGAAAUAAAAGUAUAACUGUAGAGGUAUAUUUCUCUAUCAGGAAGCAAAAGUCGAUCAUCAUACUCUAUCAGUUUUCCACAAAUCAACCCUUAACUUGACAAGGUUGUUAAUCUGAUCCCUAUUGAGUUAUUAGUCAAAUAAAGUUACAUUUCCCAGGAUAGUCAGUGAACCUUUGAAUGGGUUUGAUAAGUAAUGGCCUAGUGUGAUACUAAUAAGUCACAAUCUUUUGUUUUUUUUUGUCUUAACCUCUAAGUCUGGGAUUUUUUGAAUGCAAUCAAAUGACAUAACAUGUAUAUAAGAGCCUAAUAUAGUGCUUCAACCAUAAGAAAUUCUUAUAAAGAUUUCCCCAUGGAACCAGCACUGUGGUGUAGUUGGUAAAGCUGCUGCUGGCUGCAGUGCCAGCAUCCCAUAUGGGCACCGGUUCGAGUCCUGGCUGCUCUUCUUCCCAUCCAGCUCUCUGCUGUGGCUUGGGAAAGCAGUAGAAGAUAGCCCAAGUCCUUGAGCCCCUGCCACCUGCAUGGGUGACCGGGAAGAAGCUCUUGGCUCCUGGCUUUGGAUCAGCACAGCGCAAGCUGUUGCAGCCAAUUGGGGAGUGAACCAGCGGGUGGAAGAUCUCAUUCUCUCUCUACCUCUACGUCUCUGUAACUCUACCUUUCAAAUAAAUAAAUAAAUAUUUAAAAAAAUGAUUUCCCAUUUUCCAUACAUGCCUACCUGCCUAGACUU